UUAGUUUUUUUCUUCUUCCUCUCUACAAAACCAUAAUUUGAAAACCCCACAACAUCCGUUACUUCUUCCACCACCAUCUUUCAAGUUUCUAAAGGUUCCAUUCAAUAACUCUAAACCAGUCUCUCAGGUCAGAAACGUCGAUGGCCGUUGAAGCUCACCAUCUUAACCCUAUGUGUUCUCCUAACGUCGCGGGUGAUUUUCUUAACAGAGAAAUGAUUCAUCCACUUGAAGCAAACGGUUUCGUCUAUAACAACCAGUUCAGAUACAUCAACUUUCCAGCAGCAGCGACGCCGUUUAACCCUACCAUGGAGUGUCAAACCUCUCCGUUGAAUCCAGUUUACAACAUCUCACCGGUUGAUUGUUUUGUUCACCAGUCUAUGAAACCGAAAAUUGAUUCCGUUGACAGCUCCGUCACGUUCAACAGAGAGAAUAAUGGCAACAACGUUGACUUUUUUCGUCCUAGUUCCUCCUCAUCUCUGAGAAAACGCCCUAGAGAAGAAUCUAUCGUUAUGCCAAGCCAGAAACGUUGCACUGAUCCUCUCAUGUUCCUCGGCCAAGACUUGUCGUCUAACGUCCAACAUCAUAGUUUCGAUAUCGAUCGCUUGAUCUCUAACCACGUCGAGAUAAUGAGAAUGGAGAUCGAGAAGAAUAGAAAUACACAAGGCAGAAAAAUAAUAGAAGCUAUCGAACAAGGGUUGAUGAAGACAUUGAGAGCCAAAGAAGAAGAGAUCAAUCACAUAGGAAAACUAAACCUCUUUCUCGAAGAGAAGAUUAAGUCUCUAUGCGUAGAGAAUCAAAUAUGGCGUGACGUGGCACAGUCUAAUGAAGCCACGGUAAACUCCCUACGUUCAAACUUACAACAAGUCCUUGCCGACGUGGAACGUAGGGAGGAGCAUACGGCGGCUGACGACACGCAGUCUUGUUGCGGAAGCAACGACGAGGGUGAUAGUGACGAGCGGUGGAGGUUAGUGGGAGAGGCGCAGGAUACGAAAAGGGUGCGUAUGAUUUCAAGGACGAUGUGUAGAAGCUGUGGAGAACGAGAAGCAAGUGUGUUACUGUUACCAUGUAGACACAUGUGUCUAUGCACUGUUUGUGGUUCUUCGCUUAACACUUGUCCGGUCUGUAAAUCUCUAAAGAACGCGAGUCUCCAUGUUAAUCUUUCCUCGUGAACUAACAAUAUUAGUAAAUUGUAAAUGUCCUAAAAUAUUGUAACUAGUUGAAACUGUUUCUUUAUCUUGGAUAUUAAAAACUGUUCAUUCUUUAUUAUUUUACCCAUGUUGAUGAUGA